AUAUAUUUCAUAUGACACCUUAUAUCAAAGGUAAAACUGAUACUCCAGUGACUGAUCCUAAUCCCUCCAAGCGUAAGUCCAUAUCCAAGGAAGAGUAUUCUGAGGGUCUUGAAAAAGUGAUGAUGUCAUUCGGUAGCUCUCGGGCAAAGAAAGCGUGGUCAGCAGCUAAGAGGAAUCAUAUAGACUCACUGAGAUUGGAGGAGACACUAGCACCUGCUGUGAGUCAUAUUGAAACUGAAAUGGAUAAGACUAUGAACGAACUAGAUGAUGUUCCUGAGCAGGCAGUACAGACUAAUCCUUACCUGCCAGUGUGUAAUACUGAUGCUGCUACUCCUGAUGAAGUAUAUCUACUUAAUGACCUGAUUAGUACAGAAGAGAUGAAGCUAUUGAAAUCAACUGCUACAUCACUGAUUGAAGGGAAGACAACACUUGCUGGCACUUUAGUUAAAGAAGAGGAAAGGUCUCAGUUUCUUCUCACUAAUUUUUCUAUGGCCAGUUCUAGUACAGUCAGACCUGUUGAGCUGGUUUCCAUGUUACUCUACUGUGACUAUCUCAUUACUCUGUAUAAAUCUUCACCUAAGACUGUCCAGCAAUUCGGUCUACAGAAGUGUUCCAGUAUACCUCAUUUCAUGCACUCAUCUUUACUGGAUAAGUUCACAGAGGGAGGAGGAGGAGGGAGGGCAGGAGCUAAAGGGGCUCAAUGCUCCUUCAGUAGUAAAAUGAAAGAUAAAGUGAUGUCCUAUCUAUUUGCUAUUGCUCUAAGAUUCUCUGGGUAUACUCUCAAUUCAUCAGUACUUCAGAAAGACCUUCAGAUAUCAUCAAACAAAGUGAUGAGCAUGUUCCGUGUAUUAGGUUGUAGUGUGUCAUUAGAUAAGUCUGUCAGUUCAGGACUCAAGCAGUACAAUAUUACACUGAAGGUCCCUCCUGUCUUCCCUACUAGCAAUCGCAAGAAGAGAAAGCUAUAACUGUUGGCCAUGCGCUUUUAAUUAUGUAAAAAUUUAAUUUAUUACUGUUAUUGAUUGGAUGAUAACGAUUUAAAAAUCAGAUAAA